GAAAAUUACAACUCAGAGUGUGAGUUCGUGGAGAGGAUCCAUGAACUGGGUUACAACACCUACGCGUCUCGUCUCUACCGGACUGUGCCCAACAGAGCUGGCACCAAGCGCAAAGCCAGCGCAGAGAGACUUUGGUAUGUCUCAAUCAAUGGGAAAGGACGACCCAGAAGGGGCUUUAAAACUCGCAGGACACAGAAAUCCUCUCUCUUUCUGCCCAGAGUAUUGGAUAACAAAGACCAUGAAAUGGUCCGACUGUUCCACACAAAUGUGAAAUAUCGGGAGAGUCUCCUGAAGCCUCCAAGCAAGAACCAGAGAAGAAGGAGAGGACACUGA